AUGGGCCCACCAAGGGGGGGGGGGGCAAAACCACACCACCCCGGCCAUGGCCCCAAGAGGGAGAAGCGAGCGGUGGCGGGGAGCAAAGGAGCCACUGCAACUGAACCCAGAGCACGGGCAGGGACCACCGGCAUACAAGGGUGGGUCCGGCCCCCGGGGAAGAGGCAAGGCCCACCCCCCUGGGCCAGUAAGCACACGAGACCCCCUAGACACCCGAGAACCCCCCCCAGAGCAGCCUGCAGGACCCCCCUAAACUCCUCCCCAGGCCCCAAUCCACCCCAUCCCGGACCCCACCCCAGACACCAAGCCCAAGAACGGGAGACCGCCAAAGCAAAAACAGGGCAACACCCCACCCCACGGAAACUGCGGCCCCAAACCCACAGCAGCCAUCCGCCCCCCAGUGCCAACACUCGCGUCCCACCACCACCACCCAUCCCUCCAACGAGCCACAGGACUCCAGGCCCCAUGAGCCCCAGAGCAGGGCCCCGAGACCACAUCAGAACCGGCGAGGCAGACCACCCCCCAUCCCAGAGCCCCAGACAUCCACAGCCAGGCCCCUUGUCUCAUCUCCUGGCUCUAAUCUGCAGACAGUCGUCCUCCGGGCUCAUCACACAGCUGCUGAGUGGAGCUGAACAGGAUCCACUAACCCUACCUCCCCGCCCGCAUCACCCGCCUCCGCCCUACCAGCAGUGUCAGACAGUCGUCUCCUCCGGGCUCAUCACACAGCUGCUGAGUGGAGCUGAACAGGAUCCACUAACCCUACCUCCCCCGCCCGUCAUCACCCGGCCUCCGCCCUACCAGCAGUGUCAGCAUGGUCACCACGUGUCACCUCCCUGCUCUAUGCUCAUUGGCUAUGCCAAGAAAGGGUGGCAGGAUGGCUUUGAUGUGUCCUGCAUCAGCCUGACCCUUCCAGUGGGAGCCUAG